GACUUUGCCACCAAAUUGAUGGAUCUGAUUCGCAUUUUGAUUGGUUUACUAUUGGUGUCAUGGAGGAGUAGUAUGGUGUUUGCUCAUGCGGACCCAUCAUCAUGUGCACGGCUAGCAACCAUGUUGGCACCAUGUGUCGGUUACAUAAGCGGUCAACAGCCAUCAAGGCCAUCAAACUUUUGUUGCUUAUCGGUCAAGAACCUAAAAGGCAUGAUGAAAACAAAGGAUGAUCGUGUGGUUAUAUGCAACUGUGUGAAACAAGCGAUAUCAGUGAUCAAAUUCGAUCCAAAAAGAAUUCCUCUUCUGCCCGAGAAAUGUGAUAUUAAUGACAUACAACUUCCUCCUGUUGAUAAGGACUAUGACUGCGAAAAGACGAAAUUGGUACAUAUGGAGGUGUUAUAAGAGCGUGGAUCAUAGGCAUAAUGUGCACCAAUGUAUUUAUGAAAUUAAGGUUGUAUUUUAAUACUUGUUUGGGUACCAUGAAAUAAAACAAAGGACACUUAGGCACAUAUUUUGUUAAGUGUAUGUCAUAUUC